AUGCCCGACUCUCUUGCUCCCGGGUUUCGGGAGGCCGCACUGGUCGGCAUGGCCGAAGACCUUGGUGACUACUUGAGAAACGGCGGUGGUCUCAACAUCGAUGGCGGUGCAUAUGUCGGACCAGGUCAGGCGCCCGAGGAAUAUCACCAAACUGGAGCAGCACGGCCAAGGCAAACCAAGAAAAUGCCUGCCGACCCGAACUAUACUCCCUAUGUGGACCGUGUUGCCGCAGUUCUCGAUGUUUGUCGUCAUCUUCCACGUUCCGUCUUUUCGGACUCACAGAUGGAGACCAUUAACUGGUGCUGCACAACACUCGGAAUCGACAGCAUACCGUCCGUCUCCUGGCUGAAAGAGAUGAGUGACGACCUUCAGGACAAGAUCGGCAUUCGAACCCUACGCUUUCAGGGUGCACUUGGGCACGUAUACUAUGCUAAUAGCUUACAAGAUCAGAUCGCGCAGGAAUUCGCCAAUCCCCUCAUAUCUGAGCAUAUCCGAGUCUUUCCAGAGGACAUCGAGCCGAGUGCCGGAAUGGGUGAAGCUCGACAGUUUGCACGCUGGCGCCAUGAAGCGGAUCCGUCCAUCUUAUCGCCCAUGCCACGCGUCAAAAACCCGCACACUGGCGCUUCAAACGAUUUUCUCAUCUUCGAACCCGUUCGUCUGAGCGAUGCGAGCGCUAGCGAAAUUUGCAUGCCAUUCCGGUUCUUCACUCGCGAAGUGACGACUGAUGUGGGCUCACGAGCUGAGUUCUUCGUCGAAGCUUGGCGUCUUGAGGCUGUUAUUGGAGAUCGGCCGGAGCACGGAGGUUACAUCGUCAACGAGCACUCUGUGCUCGAGUUUCCGGCCAGUCAUCUACAGCUUACCUUCCCGAUGCUUCAAGCGACGCACAAGACGCUAUCUGUACCUGAUCCAGGAUCCAUUCUCGGAAGGCGCAACGAGCUGCACGGUGAGGUGACACCGUGGACGCGUGUCGCGAACCCGGUGCUCGAUAACAACUGGCGCGCAAAGGCUCGACAGCACCGAGUUGUCACAUUCAUGAUGUGGCUGUACUGCGACGAUACUUCGGGCAACAGUUCGAAGAAAUGGAAUAAGCACAACUCGUUCCUCUGGACUGCCGCUGGCCUCCCCCGUGCAAUGGCUCAGCAACAACAAAAUGUUCACUUUAGUUGUACAUCUAAUCUCGCACCGCCACUCGAGAUGCUCGACGGAAUCGCAUCACAACUUGAGGAAGGGCAGCGUGACGGGUGGUGGGUCUGGGAUUACGCCAAUAACGAGCCGGUUCUCGUCAUACCAGAAGUUCUAGCUCUGCUGGGAGAUAACCCUAUGCAGAGCGAGCUCUCAUGCCACAUCGGCCUGAUGGGCAAGUACUUCUGCCGUAUAUGCAAAGUGCGCGGGAGUGAUGCAGACGACGAUGAUGAUGGUCCGAAUGCGGGGUCUGCGCCCCAAUCGUUGUUUCACCACUCGACACACAGGCGGCGCCCGCUACUGAGCCUUGAUGCAUCCUCUCUGGACUCAUCCUUGACCGGUUCAUCGACCGAUGCGUCGAGCGCAUCCACGUCCGGUAUCUCGGGAUCAUCAGCUGCUUCGGAUACAGCUACCGCCAAGAAGAAGAAGCCCCGUAAGCGUCCGCUAGAGACGAUGCAUCAGAUGUAUGACCGCUCGAUCCGAUUCCUAUCUAAUAAUCCCUUUCGUCGCAAGGAGGAGUCUCAGGACCAGCUGCGCUCUAUCUUUACCGAGGCCUCUCGCGUUGGUGGGAAGACAAAUGCAGGCAAGAUGCAGACACAGCAUGGCGUCAAGGACACCUACCAGUCGACAUUUAUGGAGAAGAUAUGGGACUUUGGGCGCAAACUGCGAGGUAGUAUACCCGAGAAGCAGCAGAAGAUGGAUGACUUCAUCCGGAAUAACAUACCUGAAGAGCAUAUCAGCCCCGUAUGGCGCAUACAAGAUCUCGAUCCGCACAAAGACACUCCAGGCGAGGUUCUGCACGUCGUACUCCUUGGCUUCGUCAAAUACUUCUGGCGCGACAUCGUAUCACGGUUGAGCGACGAGGAGAAAGCCACCUUGGCCACAAGGCUCUCCUCUUUUGAUUUCGACCUCUUCACUCGUGACGGCCAGCCCUGCGCCUUCGACAACGAGCGCGUGGAACGUCUCACCAACUACGCUAUCCUCUGCUCCAAUAAUAUGGGGCUCACCGAGGGUCAGCUGAACGAUAUCCUCAUAUUGAUCAAGUUAUCCUGUGGCGACAUCGCUAUGUCUUACGGGCAGAUGUACUGGAACAUCUUCAGCGCAGCCCACGACCUCCACUCGAAGAACACUCAACAGAAGCUUGUCUUCGAGAAAGAAGCAAUCGAUGCGCUCGUAAAGACGGUCCUCGAGCGUCUGCGCGAAGCAUACGAGCUUUCUCGGGAUCAGAAUCUCAUAAUCCUCAACCGGGCGAAGCAGCUCAUCGGCGAGGCCCAGCGCAUCAACUACAAGAACACUGCGCUCGAGAUCGAGGCCAAGCUGCGCCAGCACGAGAAGUUUGCUCAUGUUUGGGGGAACGAUAUCCCGGAGAUCGUCGUUCGCUCAGCGUGCAAGGAGAAGGCCAAGAACCUGACGGGCUCGCUUCGUCUCGUGCUGUACAAGACCCUUGUCGGCAAGCAGCAGUGUUCACUGGCGACCGCCACCCUCAACAUCGUCACUACCUACUGCAGUUUACCUGCGGAUCAGAAGAUCCCUAUACAGUAUCAAGUUCAUUUUGCUCUUUUGCGACGAUUCAUCCGAGAAAAAGCAUGGGGAGAUUGGGUCAUUGAGUAUGUCAACGAUGACGGAGAGAAGAUUGCCACAAAGUGCAAGGGGCCUUCGGGUAGGGUCCCUACGGGCGAGGACUUCUGGUCCAAGGUUGAGGCCUGGUUCCUUGAGCGUCUCCAGACACUCGGCGAAGGUUUCAAGGGAACCAAGUGGGAGGAGUACAUCAAGGAGACCAUCCGCUUGGACCACGAGAAGUACUUCGCAGGACAAGAUCCUGCGCUCGAGAGCUUCCCCGAGGAGUACUACCACUCAACCAUUCGUGCACGCGAGGGCACACUGGCGUAG